UCUCCUCUCAAUCAUUCCAACAAACAGCAUUACUAAUUGGAUUUUAUUUUAAAGAUUAAUAUAUUAUCUUGAUAAAGUCGUGUAGUGCUUUACAUCUUCAAAGAAUGGAAGCUAUGGGAGAAUGGAGCACCGGCUUAAGCGGAAUGUAUACAGACGAAGCUGACUUCAUGAAUCAGCUCCUUGCAUCUUAUGAUCAACCUUGUGGCGUUUCGUCCCCAAACACAACCGCCACAGUCGCAGCAUACCACUCCCAAAACGCUCAUUUGACUGGCGGGUUAUGCUUCUCUCAGGAGAGCAGUAGCUACAGCGCGGGGAAUAGUGACUACUACGCGGUGAUGCCACUGCGAGAAGAAAGCAACAAUGUAAUGGAGGAUGUGAUGAUCAACACGAACUUGUAUCUGGUGGGUGAGGAGACGUGUGAAUGUGAAGUGGCGGAAUACUCCUCUAAGAGCCUUUUGCCUUUGGAGACUGUCGAAGAGAAUCAGAAUGAUAAUGAGAGGUCAUUGGAGGCGGAGGAUGAUCAGAAAAUGUUCAACGCAUGCGAGAGUUCCAAGAAGAGGUCGCGUGCCAUAACAACUGACAAGAACAAGAGAGCCAGCAAGACAAGGAGGACUAAAAAAAUAAUGGAGAUGAGUGACAAUAAUAACAAUAUCGGGGAAGAAAUGCAGACGGAGAAGGCUUGGGGGGAGAGAAACACCAAAGCACGUAAGAUUCAGAAAACUUGUUAUUCGGAUGAGGAAGCAAACGGUGGAGAUACUUCCUCCUGCAAAGAAGGUGGCGAAGACUGUAAGGCUCUAAACCUCAGUGGCAAGACUAGAGCUAGCCGCGGCGCUGCCACCGACCCUCAGAGCCUCUACGCAAGGAAAAGAAGAGAGAGGAUAAACGAGAGGCUAAGGAUUUUACAAAACCUCGUCCCUAAUGGAACAAAGGUCGAUAUUAGCACGAUGCUGGAGGAAGCAGUACAAUACGUCAAAUUUCUGCAGCUCCAAAUUAAAUUGUUGAGCUCUGAUGAUUUAUGGAUGUACGCGCCAAUUGCCUACAACGGGAUGGACAUUGGCCUUGACAUGAAACUCAACUCACUCAUAUGAUUUAAGGAAUUUUCGGACAUUAAUUGUAAUUAUAUAUAAUAACGUGAAUGUUAAUAGACUUUUCUAUUUGCGAGUUCCACCUAUAAACUCUCGAGGAUGUUAAAUAUGGGGAGUCGCAUGUAACGUUUACUACUG